AUGGUGCUCAUUUCCCAGGUCAUAUCGGGCCUCGCUUUUGCUGCAGGUGUGCUUGGAUCGCCCAUCGAGCGUCGGGCUGUUAUCAGCCACGACGCUGUCGUCGGAUUCCCGCAGACAGUCCCAUCAACCACUGCUGGAUCGCUUUACCUCAAGUACAAACCAUUCCUUAAAGUAUUCAAUGGAUGCGUGUCCUUCCCUGCGGUCGACAGCCAGGGCAAUACCGGUGCAGGACUAAACCCGACUGGUUCCUCUAAUGGAGGUUGCAGCAGCAGUACCGGACAGGUCUAUGCACGAGGCCAGGCCUACAAUGGCCGCUAUGCCAUCAUGUACUCCUGGUAUAUGCCGAAGGAUUCACCCUCAACAGGCCUAGGACACCGACAUGACUGGGAAAAUGCUGUCAUCUGGCUGUCUAGCGAGAGCACAAGUGCUACUGUGGUUGGCAUGGCAGUUUCUCAGCAUGGUGGAUACGACAGAAGGGCUUCGGGUACCUUCUCGGGCAACAGUCCCCUAGUAGGAUAUACUGCCAACUGGCCGACUAACCAUGAAAUGAUCUUCACCAAUGACCAGGGUGGCCAGCAGCCUUUGAUCGCCUGGGAGAGCUUGACUGCUGCAGCUCGUACAUCUUUGACGAACACCGACUUCGGCAGUGCCAACGUUCCCUUCAAGGAUGGCAGCUUUGAGUCCAACCUGGGCAAGGCGGUUAUUUAG